GUGUUUUUGCAGGACGGCUUUGAGGCAGGCCUGGCCCCUAACACGCUCCGUCGGCAGGUCUCCGCCCUAUCCACCAUUUUGUGUUGCGGUUCUAGACAUUCCCUCUCGAGUCGUUCCCUCAUCCGCCUCUUCCUCAGGGGGGCUUCCAACCUUCGCCCGGGGUCUAUCCACAGAUAUCCCUCCUGGGAUUUGCCCUUAGUGCUAGACGCCCUCACGAAGGCUCCCUUCGAGCCCCUAAGGUCAGUGGGCCUACGUUUCCUGUCUUAUAAGGUCGCCUUCCUACUGGCCAUAACCUCGGCCAGGCGGAUUUCAGAGUUGGCAGCCCUCUCCAUCAGGGCUGAUCUCUGCGUUUUUCAUCCUGACCGGGUGGUACUUAGGUUGGACCCCACGUUCCUCCCUAAGGUGAAUUCCCCUUACCACAGGGCACAGGAACUAGUCCUUCCAAAUUUUUGUCCACGUCCUAGCCUGCCCUUAGAACGAGCCUGGCACUCCCUGGACGUGAGGAGAGCCCUUCGGAUCUACAUCCAUCGGACAUCUGACUUUCGGAGAUCAGAAUCCCUUCUAGUCUCCUUCCAGCCAUCUAGUAUGGGCCAAAAAGUCUCAUCCAUUACAGUGGGGCGUUGGAUUAGGGCCACCAUAGCCACGGCUUACGGGUCCCAGGCCUUGCCAGUUCCACCCAGGAUCACGGCCCAUUCCACCCGCAGUGCGGCCACUUCGGCCGCCUGGGCCACCCAAGCCUCCUUGGAGGAAAUCUGCCGGGCUGCGGCCUGGUCGUCCCCUACCCCGUUCAUUAGGCAUUAUCGACUAGACCAGUUUGCAUCUGCGGAUGCAGCAUUUGGGCGUAGGGUACUCCAACAGGUCCUCCAGCGGACCUCCUCAUCGGCCAGGGCAACUCCCUCCCUAUAGUUUCACGCUUUGGUAUGUCCCAUGGAAGAGGACCACCGGACCCACGUUCAAUGAGAAUGGGCUUUGCCUUACCUGAAAGCCCUUUCUGAUUGCGGUGGGUCCGGUGGUCCGCCCCGCCCUGUUAUGCCCAGGGCCGAUUCGGCGGGGUUCUGGUGUCCUGUUUCCUUUCUUGCAGCUCACCGUGUAGGUCUGCUACAAAUCGAAUCUCAUCAGAAAGCUGGGAGGCUACAGGAAGGGAGGAGCUUCUCAGCUAGCAGACCCGAUCCGACGUCAUCGGAAGAGCACUCCCCAUGGAAGAGGACCACCGGACCCACCGCAAUCAGAAAGGGCUUUCAGGAUGAUGAUGGUACAGAAGAAGAGGAAAGCAGAGUAGAACCAGUGGGUCAUGCAGAUGCAGGUUUGGAUAACAUCACCUAUUCGUUAGAUGAUAUGGUGAAGCUCGUUGAAGUUUCCAAUGAUGGUGGACCGUUGGGGAUCCAUGUAGUUCCUUUCAGUGCUCGAAGCGGAAGAACUUUAGGUCUAUUGGUGAAGAGACUGGAGAAAGGUGGUAAAGCAGAACAGGAAAACCUCUUUCAUGAAAAUGACUGUAUUGUCAAAAUUAACGAUGGAGACCUUCGAAAUAGAAGAUUUGAGCAAGCACAGCAUAUGUUCCGUCAAGCCAUGCGUACACCCAUCAUUUGGUUCCAUGUGGUUCCUGCUGCAAGAAAACAACAAUAUAUAAAGCUGUCCCAAAGCGAAAAGAAUGCUUACCAUUCCAGCCGUUUUAGUCCUGAUUCCCAGUAUCAAGACAGUAAAGGUAUCGACCACUCUGGACUUCACACUUUACAAAAAAUACCCCAAGCGAGCAAUCAAGCUGAUGCGUUGGACUCUUACUCACAACUACCUCAUAAUGUGAAUUCAGGAAAACCACCUUUGGGUCUGUCAUCAACACCACAGAAAGUUCAUACAGCUUUGAACUCUGGCUAUAACACCAAAAGGAUAGGGAAGCGUCUUAAAAUACAGUUAAGGAAAGGUACUGAAGGCCUAGGAUUUAGCAUCACUUCAAGAGAUGUUCCUAUUGGUGGCUCAGCUCCAAUUUAUGUGAAAAAUAUCCUUCCAAGAGGCGCAGCUAUUCAAGAUGGAAGAUUAAAGGCUGGAGACCGACUCAUUGAGGUAAAUGGAGUGGAUUUAACAGGAAAAACCCAAGAAGAAGUUGUUUCUCUCCUGAGGAGCACUAAGAUGGGUGGAUCGGUUAGCCUACUAAUUUUUCGUCAAGAAGAAGCAUUUCAUCCUAGAGAAUUGAAUACUGAACAAAGCCAGUCACAAAUUUCAAAGGAAACGAAACCAGAAGAAGAGGAUAUUGUUCUUACCGCUGAUGGCACCAGAGAAUUUCUCACUUUUGAGGUUCCACUUAAUGAUUCUGGGUCAGCUGGACUUGGCGUCAGUGUGAAAGGUAACCGGUCAAAAGAGAAUCAUGCAGACCUUGGCAUCUUUGUGAAGUCCAUUAUUAAUGGCGGAGCAGCUUCUAAGGAUGGAAGACUCCGGGUGAAUGAUCAAUUAAUAGCAGUAAAUGGAGAAUCAUUAUUGGGAAAGACGAACCAAGAUGCCAUGGAAACUUUGCGUAGAUCCAUGUCCACAGAGGGAAAUAAACGGGGAAUGAUUCAACUGAUCGUUGCAAGACGAGUAAGCAAAGGCAAUGAGUUGGAAUCACCUGGGAGUCCUCUGGGGCCGGAGCUGCCCAUUGAGACAGUAAUGGAUGACCGGGAGCGUAGGAUUUCCCAUUCACUGUACAGUGGGGUUGAAGGGCUCAAUGAAUCACCCACUAGAAAUGCUGCCCUGAGUAGACUAAUGGGUAAAUACCAGCUUUCUCCAACAGUCAACAUGCCUCCAGAUGAUAUGGUAAUGAUAGAAGAUGAUAGACUACCUGUACUACCUCCAUAUCUUUCAGACCAAUCAUCUUCCAGUUCUCAUGAUGACGUAGGUUUUGCAACCAUGGAUGCUGGAGCUUGGAGUAAACCAAUAGUGAAUGAAUCAGCAGAAUGCGUAUUAAGUCCAGAUAUGGAUCCAGGAUUGGCUUUCCAACGAGAAGGAUUUGGACGCCAGAGCAUGUCAGAAAAACGUGCUAAACAGUUUUCCGAUGCCAGCCAAUUAGACAUCGUUAAAACACGGAAAUCUAAAAGCAUGGACUUAGUAGCUGACGAGACUAAGCUCAGUACAAUGGAUGGCCAGAGAACAGGUUCUCCAACCAGAGAUGUGGGCCCUUCGUUAGGCCUGAAGAAAUCCAGCUCUUUAGAAAGUUUGCAGACAGCAGUUGCUGAAGUGACAUUGAAUAGUGACAUCCCCUUCCAUCGUCCACGACCACGAAUAAUCCGAGGACGAGGAUGCAAUGAAAGUUUCAGGGCAGCAAUAGAUAAAUCAUACGAUAAACCUGUUGCUGAUGAAGAUGAUGAAGGCAUGGAAACCUUGGAAGAAGACACAGAAGAAAGUUCACGAUCUGGUAGGGAAUCUGUGUCCACAUCUAGUGACCAACCAUCCCAUUCUCUAGAAAGACAUAUGAAUGGCAGUCAGGAAAAAGGGGACCGGAAAAAAAUUGGGAAGGACAAGAAAAAAGAUCGAGAUAAAGAGAAGGAUAAAAUCAAAGCCAAGAAAGGAAUGCUGAAAGGUCUUGGGGACAUGUUCAGGUUUGGCAAACAUCGAAAAGAUGACAAGAUUGAGAAAAUAAAAAUGCAGGGAGCUGUUACUUCAGAAGAAGAGAGAAUACGUAUGAAACAAGAACAGGAGAGAAUACAAGCCAAGACCCGAGAGUUUCGUGAAAGACAAGCCCGGGAACGAGAUUAUGUUGAGAUCCAUGAUUUAAGCAGGAGUUAUACAUGUGAUUCUGAAUCAAUCUUUGCUGGAAUUUCUUCAUAUUCCUCCAUGAGUACCAGCACAAUUAGCAGUAGACCACAGAGCCCAGGGGAAGCAUCGUCAAUAGAAGCAUUAUAUGCCCAAGUAAAGAAAGGACGCAAUUCAAAGUCUUCACCUGUAGACAGAUCAGCUCCAAGCAAUCAUGAUCGGAUACAACGAUUAAGGCAAGAAUUUCAACAAGCCAAGCAAGAUGAAGAUGUGGAAGAUAGGAGGCGUACUUACAGCUUUGAACAACCAUGGAGGCAUACACAGAAUCCAAUAGCAAGAGGAGUGAUGCAGAAGACCAGGGAUCCAAAUUCAAAGACCUAUUCACAGAGUGGCAGACAUUCUGUAUCAGUAGAAGUUCAAAUGCAGAAACAACGGCAAGAAGAGAGAGAGAGUUUCCAGCAGGCUCAGAGGCAAUACAGUUCAUUACCCAGACAAAGUCGGAAAAAUGCCAGCUCUGUAUCUCAAGAUUCUUGGGAACAGAACUAUCUUCCUGGUGAAGGUUUUCAAAGUGCCAAAGACAACCCUCGGUACUCCAGUUACCAAGGCUCUAGGAACGGCUACCUGGGGGGCCACGGCUUCAAUGCUCGAGUCUUGCUUGAAACACAGGAGCUCCUCCGUCAGGAACACCGGCGGAGAGAGCAGCAGCUGAAAAAAAAGACCUCUUCUGAAGGGCCCAACAACUAUGAGUCCCAUAAGAAAGCUCAGGACCCUAAUUAUGCCAUUCCCAAAGGUCCUUUCAGACAUGAUGUACCACCUUCACCAUCUCAGGUUGCCAGGCUGAACCGAUUGCAAACACCAGAAAAGGGAAAACCUUUUUAUUCUUUAGUUGAAGAAAAAGGUCAGCGACCCAUGCAGUAAAGGAAUUUUUUUUUCCCAUAUGGAGAGACUUACAUUAUGGAACUCCAUGUUUCAAAUGGAGGGGACUCUUAUUUUGUUUUUCAGUGCCUUUAGCAAGAUGGACAAUGAAUUGGAAGGCCUUAUAUAUACAUUUUUUUUUUUUGCGUUAUGUUUCAAGUGUUAUAUCCACAAAAAGAUUAUCCAUUAUUUGACAAUCAUAUUUGAGGCAAGCAAUUCGUCUUGGCUAUCAAGUAUUCUAGCCAAUCUUUAUUAUCAAUAACUGCCCACCAAGUUACACCAUUAGUGUUGUUCAAAGAGAUACUGUUCUAGCGUAUAGCAUUGACUGUUUUCUAAUUUAAAAUCCCAUUGCCAUAUUUUCUUCGUUUAUUUCUCUUAGCUUGAGAAAAGCAAGUACCUAUCAGUUAUAAGCCGUGAGCCAGAAAUCUAUUCUACUCUAGUCCUUGUUGUUUCCUUUCUGAUCAUUAUUUAAAUGUCUGUUCACUAAAAGACUGUUUCUAUGACUUCAUUGGUCAUUCUCGAAUUGUGCACAAACUUUAUGCUCAUUCCUCAUUCAUUUAUCUCAGAGACCUUGUUGCAUUUGUCUCAUACCUUAACAUUAUAUACCUUAUAUUAUUAUGAGACAUUGUAUUUAUAAUUUUCAUCAGCUAAUGGUGAGGAAGGGGAGCGUGUUGUUUGUCUGUGGAAUGGUGAAUUUCUCCAGACUGUUUUAGCAAGUUUUUGUUAUUAACUGUUCCCAUUAUGUACAAUUUCAGCCCCCCACUCAAAUUAUAGAUAAACUGAUUGCUCAGAUAUUCCAUACUUCCUAAUAAUUUAAUUUCUCAUUAUUAUGUACCCUUAUUUUGUUAGAAGGAAGAAAUGCAGGACAAAAUAAAAUGAAAAUCUAUUUUUUGAAUUAAAACUAGCUUUUGUAAACCUGUCUUUUUGACAGUUUGUAAAAACCUGUGGACAAUUUGUGCUAUGCUUCCAUGUUGCUAUAUUUUGCCUCUUUGAACAAUAUUUGGAGUUAACCAGUAAAAUAUAAAAUAAUACAAAUGUGAGAAAAUUGAUAUACAUUAUCACGAUAAUACAUUGGUGUUAAAAACAGUUGGGAAAAAAGAGCUGUGAGGAUAUAUUUUCAGUGCAUUUUGAGUAUACAGAAUUUUCUUUUGCAACAUCUAGUUUUGUGUUUGAAGGUCUGAACAUUCAUGUAUUGUUUUAUAAGUGCCUGAAGUGAAAAAGGUUUAAGAUUAAAAACUAGGCAUAUCAUACUUAAAUGAACAAAAAACAUAAACUGUGUGUUACUGUAUGAUUGUUAAUUUGCCUUUUUUAAAAAAGGAAGAAACCUGGCCCAUAUUACUUUUGCUACAAAAAAUACUUUACUUCUGCUGUUUCAAGCAUAUAUGUGAAUGUUCAGUAUAUUCCAGCAGUGUCUUCUAUACCUGUUUGCUAAUUUUGUUUGUUAAUAUACUCAAGUGUUAAAGAUUUGUUACUAAUGUAAGCACAGUGACAUCUGACAAAAAUGGCUCUUUUUCACAUAGCACUGGAGGAAAUGGUGUAAAUAUAGAAAUUUAGAAUAAAAACACUGUUUGUGUCUUCAUUUCAA